AUGACCCAAAAUGGGGACAAGCCGAAUAGCCCCCGUCGAACAUGCGGCAACCACAAGGGGGAUGACCAAAAUGAGGAAAACGUAAAAGAGAACGAAAAAGAAAACGACAACGAUAAUGACAACAAGGAGGAAACUGGCAGCAGGAGAAACGGAAACAGAAAUGGUGAUAACCGCAGCGGCAGUAGCAACGGGGAUAGGCACAACGGCGACGGCAACAACAAUAACGAUAGCGAUGAUGAUGGGGAUGAGGAUGGUGAUAAGGAUGGUGAUGAGAAUGGCGAAGACGAAAAUGACGAGGAAAAUGAUGAGGAUGAUAAGAAGAAGGACGAAGAUGGUAAGAGAAAUGGUCAGGGGGGGAAACAAAAGGCCGACCCACCUGACGUUAUCGCUGAAGAGAGUGACGAACAAAAGGGAGAGCCAAACGAUGCAGACGAUGCAUGUGAGGAGGCAAAAGGAAAGGAGAUCAAAUCGGAAGCAGAUGGUGUUAAAAAUGGUGCUACAGAUAUGCAGAACGAUUCAAAUCAAGGAGACGGAAAUGGUAAUAAAGGAGAGGGUGAAGGAGUCAAGGUCGACUCAGUGGACGAAGGCAAGAACAAGAGCUGCGAAGAGGACAGGGUAAAUAACGAGGAUAACCAAAAUAACAUCAAAAAGAACAUCAAGGAGGAAGCAAGUAAAUCCGAAGUGGACUGCAGUGGUGGCAUGGAAACCCACAUCAGCAGAAACUGCAGGGGCAGCGGUGGAGGUAGCGGUCAACGGAAUGACCAAACCGGGAAAGACGAAAAGGAUGAAAAGAACCUCCGAAUCAUGAACAAAUUGCUAAAAAAUCUUUCGUUCAUGUCAUUCAACACGGGGUUGCUGGAAUACAAAAUAUGCGGUGUUUGCAUCUAUCAGAACCCACCAUUUAUUUCCAACCGAUUGCUGCACAUUCCCUUUGCUUUAAAAAAAACCAAUGCAGACAUCAUAGCGUUGCAGGAAGUAUAUGAUGAGAAGCACGUGGAGUAUUUAAAGAACCACCUGACGGCCAACUAUCCAUUCUGUGCGAGGGACAAUUAUUGCAGUGACGUCUUUAAGGAAAAAUUUAGCGACGUGAAUGUCGCAAGGGAAGAUGAAUUCGAUGAGGACAGUCCCCAGGACGGCAAUGACAGCCCAAGUGGUAGAAACGGCGCAAGUGGUAGAGACGGCCCAAGUGACAGAACUGCUAACAGUUACGAAAAUGGCAAGCGAACCGGAACAAGCACCAACACCCCGAACGUAGGAAACAAAAAGGAACCGCGUUGCAGAAAAAAGAAAUAUUUUGCCCUUCACCACGGAUUACUCGUAUUUAGCAAGUACCCCAUUAUCUACUCCUUUUUUCACGGAUUCAAGCACGUAACUUAUCUGGAACAUUUAUUUGGGACAAAAGGAUUCCUAGAAGUCGUCAUUGAUGUCCCCUUUUUUAGUUACAUUACUUUGGUCAAUAUGCAUCUAGCUAGCGGUGCCGCAGACACAGAAUCUAAAUAUAUCGAACGGGUUCGAGACUUCGAAAUUAAGCAAAUUAUGGAAAUAGCUAGAAAUGCUGAGAAAAGAAAUACCAUCCCAAUAAUUAUUGGAGAUCUGAAUGCUGCUCCCAAUUUGUGUCCAAAUAAUUAUUCCUCCUUCAUUAAAAGAGGAUGGAAAGACGCUUGGCUUUAUGCUAGGAAUGUCAAAAAGAAGAAAACAAAACAACUCAUAGGAAAGGCAUUACCACGGCUGCAGAAAAAAAAGCCGCGUACAAUUUCCCCCAACAGUUGCCACUCACUCAGUCAUUUAUUCCCCAGGGUUGGUAGCACCCCCGAAGACCUGGUCAAAAAGGAGGCCAAAAAGGCAGAAAGGGAAGAAAUGGAAGAAAUGGAAGAAAGAAGAGAAAGAGAAGAAACGGAAGAAAGAAGAGAAAGAGCAGAAACGGAAGAAAAUCACCCCAGGCGUAAUGGCCAAAAGGGAGUCAAAAAUAAACGUAAAGAGAAUCCAAUCAGCGGCAUCACCAAUAAGGAUAACGCUUACAGUAACCAUUCGGUGAAUACACAAAAAAGUAUCUACCAUGAGAGGCCACCCUUGGAUAAUAAAGUGGACACAAAAAAUGAUGAACUAGGUAGCAGAAGUUCCUUGCGCGUUUUCCCCAGUUUUAACUGCUCGGAAAAUAACGACAGUAUAGUUUACUCCAACUCAGGGAAAACUCUUUGUAGCUUUUGCACAAAUAUAGAACAUUAUGAUUGCAUGUAUCAUAAUGAGGGGUAUACAAAGGAAAGGGAAAAAUGGAACGUGGGUGACAACUCCGUAGAAUGCUACCCAUCGGUUUGUAUAAAAAGCGCCAGUUUGAAGAAUCACGCAAGCGAAAUGGACAAAAUGAAUUGCGCACUAAAUAAUGGUGCGCUAAAUAAAAAUAUGCAAUUUAGGAAUGGUCUGCAAAGCAGAUACUCCGGAUGCGUUUCCCAUACGAUGACUGCGCGUAGUAGGAGACGUGCAGUGACGGAUGUGCCCUCUAAGCGGUUGCUCAUUCCUAGUAAGCAAGUGGCAAGAACGGUUUCAAAGAUGAUCUGUAGAAGAAAAUUUCCAUUUCUUACCCCGAGCUACAAGAGAGUGAAGCGUCAUCAUAGAAAAGGGCGCACCAGAGGAUGUCACCAAAAAGAGCAUCUUCCCCAUGUCAAGCAGAUUCCACCCAGUUGCAAAAACCACACGCAUAAAAGAGUUAACAGUAUGGGCCCUUCACAAAGGGGCGACAUUCUUCACUGUGAUAUUAUCCCCAAUUCGAGCACUGCCAGUGGCAAGGAUAACCCUUCGGAUGUAAUUCCAGAGCUAAAGGGGGAAGCACACAUGCUCAUUGACGAAAGGCAUUAUAGACAGAUGUCUCUCCUGAGUAGUAGGGGAGGUGAUGUGGUAAAUCAUCAGGAAGGAGACCACGAUCUGUUUGAAAGUAUCCUCCACGUGGACAAAACACAAGAUGACCUUUUUAACCCCCCCAUGUGGCAUAAACAUGGCCCCAACUGCUGCACAGAUAAGGGAGACAAAGGGGAGAAAAAAGAGAGACAAGGGGGAGAAAAGGAGAUACAAAGGGGAGAAAAGGAGAGACAAAGGGGACAAAAGGAGAGACAAAGGAAUAUGGAAAGUUGCUCCACCUGUGAUGUGUUCAAAAAGGAAGACAAAAUAGGCAAUACCACUGUAACCCCGAAAUGCACUCUACGCAGCAAGAACGAUGGAGAGAAAUUGGAGAUCCACAGGGAGGAAGACGAGGGAGAAUACCAUGCCGUAACAAAUGUACAGCACCAUUAUAACAGCGACCAAAAUUUAUUCUCCAGUGACAUAUCAAGUGAGAGCAAUCACUCGUAUACGGAUCUCUAUGAUGAUGAGGAGGAGGCCAACUGGUUCAGUGACCGAAGUUCGAAUGCGUCAAGGAAUGAUCUACAGGAAAGGGUCGAAGUGGGGGUUCCAAUAGAGGAGGAGCCCAUUGAGGUAAUCAACUGCAUGACAGAAGAAGGAUUCACAAAUGGAGGCACAACGGAAAAGGCACCAGAGACGAUAAAAGAACUUCACAUUUCGGGAAGUAACCAACUGACUGAUAAAAACUGCACAAAAGGAGAAGACAGAAUUAUGACACACUUUGUACCACCUCCAGAAAUGGGAGUAAAACGCAGAGGAGACGAAAGGACUCCUCUGUUUCAUCCUAAAGAGACUGCCCAGGUAUAUAUGUCGAAUGGGAAGGAUGAUGACACCUCGACCCAUGCUCAAAUGCACAGAGAAAAAGACUCCAAGCUAAGUGGGAUAACCACUUUAUAUAAAAAUCAGUUAAAUGGUCAUAAGGGAAAAGUACACAAUGUGGAUGAGAACUGUGAAGACAAAUUGAAGAUACAAAACCUUUGUAGCACUUUUUUGAAAGAGGAAUUGUCGGGGAGAGGGGACACCCACGAGGAAGACUCGUUGCUGAGUGAAGUGGGCACAAGAAGGGACGGCAAUGACUGGUAUGUUACAGAUGCGAGCGGCAAGAACGGCACAAAUAGAAACAGUUGCAACGAUAAGAUGGAGAGCUUACCAUACACAGGUACAUACCCCACUGAAGAAACCGCCAAUAUCAAUAUGAACGAAAAGAAGAAGAAGAUUAGCAAGCCAGCCAAGAAAAUAAAACAAAUGAAAAAGAAACUCUUUUAUAACAUUCUGAGGAAUUAUGAGAGGCACCAUGAUGGAGGGGUUGAAAGGAAGACGUCCUUGAAGGGUGAACAGGGCGAUUCGCCAAAUGCGAAGCAGGAGAGGGAAGAGGGCAACUCACGUACCCUAGAAGACGUCAAGCGAAAGACCGAAAAAAAUCAUCAUGUCAUUACUUCCCUCAACGAAAGGGAGCACACCGAGAAGGAAAACAACUGCAAAGGAGAGGCAGCCCCAGUGGAAGAUCACUCACCCAGAAGUGACGUAACCGAGUCACUAAAAAACGAAGUGAUAAAUGAGAAAGGGAAAAAUAAGAGCGGCAAGUUUUUACACUUCACCAAAAAAUGGUACAGUAGUAGAACCCAAGAAGCGCUGAAAAAAGACAUCUUUUAUUUCAUUAAAAAAUUAAAAUUUAAAACGACAAACAAAUUAAAACAGAAGUUUCGUAUAUGUGCAAAGAAUGUAAAGGGCAGUCUAAGUGAAGAAAAGAAACUUGUGCUAAUGGAGGAGGAACAGAAAAGUGAUCCUCAACAGGUUCACAACAAAUGCUCCUUCGUCCAGGAUAAUUCGGAUCCCACAAAAUCCUUCAGUAGCAUAAAACUGACAGAGGAUUUUAUAAAAAUGUGUGAGUGUGCUCCGUUGUUAAAAAAGGAAAGGAACCAAAGAAGUAAAAAUUAUAAUCGGGAAAAGGCACCAACUUGGGAGGAGGAUCCAGAAAAUUACCCAAAAAGCAAAAAAGAUUUCAUUUUUAAAAGAAGGCAGAAAGAGGAAAAGGAUAGACAUCACUUGGUGGAGAAUAGCAAUGAAGGCAGAAUCCACUUCGAUGACCACAACUGUGUCAGUCCCAAUCGAAAUUCGUCUAAAAAUAAAAAAUGUACAUAUGAGUACAGUCGGGUAGACGAAGGAGAAUCCAACCAGGGACAGUUUCACAACAAAAUGAACCCUAAUACAAAAAAUAAAAACUUUUUUAAAUUGAAAAGCGAAGAAAACAUUUCUAGUGAUGAAUUUACGUGGGACCCCUUAAACCCGCUGAAUGUCAUCGGACCCCAUUCCAGGUGUAACGGACUGAGGUGCGAUUAUAUUUUCUUUCCUCCCAUCAGUUACAACAAGGGAAAGGGUGCCAGGAAGGGAAAGAACGGCACGGCUGAAAAAGGGAAAGCUGGCCAAAAUGGCAAGCCAAUUGCAGCUGAAAAGGCGGAUGAGACGUACAAGACGGGUGCGGUUAAAUCCCAGCCAAGUGUACACAUAACUAAAAUGCGUGACGAUGAACAACUAUUGAUGGGUGGGGGAAAAGCCCCAAAUCGAUCGAACGUGUCCUUUGAUCCAGUUGGUGCUAAUCGCGAAAGUCAGAAGUGCUCCAAUUCCGUUUGGAACACGCAGAACGAUGCCUUCAACGUGACACGCAACGGAAGAGACAGAAAGGAUGACCAUCAGGCAAAGGGGAAGCGAUACGAAGAAGCUCUCAAUCAAAAAAAAUAUAACGACCUAAAAAUUUUGAAGCAUUACUAUAUUAAGAGUGCCAAGAUACUUUUUAACGAACCCUCCGUCAUGGUCCACACGCACAGGAAUUACAAAAACUUCAAUUGCUGUUACUCCUUUUGUAUGAAAAUAAAGAAUGUCCAUUUUGUGACAAUGUCUGACCAUUAUGCUAUUAAGAUAGAUUUGAGACUAAAAAAGAAUCACAAGUUUGUUCGGAACAGCUAG